AUGAAUUAGAUUUAUCAUGAUUCUAUAUUAUAGGCUUUAAAAACUCAAAUCUUAGUUCCAAUAACUUUAGAUUGUCGAUAUUUCAAAGAAGCUCUAAGUGAAAUUUCUAACGAAUAACAGUUUUUAUAAAUAGAAGACUAUUUAUUAAACUAGGACUUGAUUGAUAAAGUUAAUAGACGAACAGUUAACUUAAUGAUUGAAUGUAUUAAAAUACUACGAAAGUAUAUGUUCAUAGGAUGGAAUGUUAGACCUAAAUUUAUUGAAGUAUUUUAUAAUUCUAAAAAUAGGACAUAGUAAAUGAAUUAAUAGAUAAAAUUACAGAGGAAUGGACAGAACCUAUCUUUUUUGUACAAAGACUCCCAGAAAUUAGAAUAUAAAUAAAAGCAUAUUAUAAGACAUUUUAAGAAAACGCAUUCGAGUAAAUUUCAAUUAGUCAUUAGAUAGAUUAUGUGAUACAUUAAUUGGGGAACUGUGUGAUGAUUAUUUAAAUAGUGCAUAAAUAAAUGUAUUAUUGAAUGAAAUUUUGGAGUCUCAAUUAAAAAGGGUUGCAUUUGAUCUUUUUGAAUUUGCUUAUCUUGAUACAUAAAUUACAAAUGAAUUUUUAGAUACUCUAUAAAAUUUGUUUAUUGAUUUAGUUACUGAUUUCUUUAAUUAUCUUAUUGAUAUUGCUUGUCAUGCUAAUUAUAAAAUGUAACAAUUAGAUAAAUUACUAAAAGUUUAUGGAUGUUUAGCAAAUCAAGAGAAUUAUAAAUAUAUGUAAAAGGAAAUUUCAUAAAAUAUUAUUGAUUAUGGUGAUAUUAAUUUAGUAGGUUAAUCAUUUUAAGUAAAUCCAGAAAAACAUUCUAUUAUUGUAAGAUAAACUAUUAAACAUUUUUAUUAUGUAAUGGAUGAAUGUAAAUAAUGGUUUACUACAAAAUAACAUAAGAAUUUUGAUGAAUUGAUUAAUAAUGCUUAAUUUAAUAUAAUUAAGCCACUUCCUUAAAAUAUUUAAGUUUUUCAAAAUUAAGAUGAUAUUCCACUUAUGGAAUUAUGUCAAGAAAUUAAAGUAAUAAAAUCAGUAAAAGUAUAAAAAAAUGAUUUAAAAGGAUUAAAAAUUAUUGUUAAAGAUGAGAAAACUAAUAAAGUUUAAUAAUUUAUAUUAAGUUUAUCUUAUCAUUAUUUAAUGUUUCAUAAAUUUGAAUAAGGUUGGGAAUAAUUUGAAGAUGAAAAAGAAUAAAAUAUACUUUUAGCUAAAUUUUUAAAUGAAUAAUUUGAUUAUCUACAUUGUGGACAUCCUGAAUUUAAAAAAAGAGUUGCUAGUGAAAAAUCUAUUGAUAGAACUACUGAUGAUAUUUCUGGUUUCAAAAAUGCUGUCAUAAAAUUUAAAAAAAUUAGUGCACCUAAAAAACCAAUUAGAUAUGGAACAUCUAAUAGAGUUAUAGGUGGUAAAGCACUUGGAAUGGGUAUAGGUGUUCUUAUUGUUGAUUGUCUUGAUGAAGAUAUACCAUGGGAUGAUAAAUUAAAAAAUGCUGGAUUUACAGCUAUAUCUUUUGGUGUUCUUGGUAUUCUUGCUUCCAGAUUACCAAUUGUUGGUAUUAUCAUUUAAUAAGUGAUUUUUGCCUUAGCUGUCAAAUCUAUUUUAGCCAAUAAAGUAAUUAAUGAUUCUUAAACAGCUAAAAAUUUAGGUCAUUUAGGUCUCAUUAUUACUAUUGGUGUAGGAAUGACAAUAGCAGGUAGUAUUAUGUUUCCUGUUGCUUUUUGGGGAGCCUUUUUUGGUGGUCUUUUAGGUGGUGUAGGUAUGGGUUUAUAUUAGAAGUUUUUGAUUCCUUAUUAUAUGGAUAAUAUUGUUGAAAUGAUGAAUAAAGCAAGUAAAUUAAUUAGAAUAAAUGGAGUUGUUAGAUAUAAAAAAUAUGCAUUAUAAAAAUUAUAAAUUGAUGAGAAAUUUUUGGAAACUCAUAAACCAUCUAAAUUGGAAGAUGAUUAAUAUUUUACAUUACUUAUGUAUUGUCUUAGUAAUGAAAUAAGAUUAAUAAGUAAUGCAUCAUAUUCAAAAUAAUUGGAAAAAUUAACUUAAAAAAAUGCAAAAGAAGAAGAUAAAGCUAAUUUAUUACAAAGAUAAUGUUAAAUAGAAGUUUCAUUGAAGAUUUGGAAUGAUACUUAUGAUUAUCUUAAAUCUAAUAAUAUAAGUUUAGUUGACAAUGCUAAAACAUGUGCUGAAUUCGUAGAUGGUAUGCUUACAAAUUAUAAAGUUGAAUGA